AUGUCCCAAUCAUUAUCGCCACAAUAUUAUGAGACUUUAGAAUUCUUUAAAAAUAAAUUUUAUGAUUCUAAUAAAACCAUAGAAGAAGCAAAGCAUCAAAUGGAUGAAAUGGCAGUACCAAUUCCUGAUAACCUUAUCGUAAAUGAGGUAAAGUUGGAUGAUAGAUAUAGGAUCAAAAGCAAGGAAUAUUUGGAGGAUAAUUUGAAAAGGUACGAGGACGUAGUGGAUGAGAAGUGGAAAGAUUUGAAUGAGGGUGGGUUAUGCGGAGAGUGGAUUAGAGUUAAGGAUGAAGGAGAUGGUGAUGGAAGAAAUCUCGGAAAAAUCAAGAAUACAGGAAGGGUGGCGCUUUACUUUUUUGGUGGUGGAUAUUUUUCGGGGUCCUGUAAAAUAGCUCGUUCUCAUACUUGCUUGAUCGCCGAAAAUGCCGAUUGUCAAGUUUUUGCAAUCGACUAUCGCCUAUCACCGCAAAAUCAAUUUCCUGCACCACUUUGCGACGCUCUAGCAGCGUAUUUUUAUCUUACUAACCCUGGCCCGGAAGCUGGAUUCGAACCAAUUGAUCCAAAACGAAUUUCACCAUGGGUGGAUUUGACAAGCAGCAUGCCUUCAAACUGGGAACCUGAAAUGGAUAAAUCAGAUAUUAUUGAGGGCAGGUUAUGCUUGCCUCCUCUUGGUCCACCAUGCCCCAUGUCAGUUGAGUAUCUUAAAGACGUCAAAACUCUAUCAGAAAAAAUUAAGCAAAAAAAGCCGAAUGUGGUUGGUCACCAUUCUUUUACCAAAAUUCCAAGAAUUAGGCUUUACUGCGCAAAUGAGGCCUUGGCCAUUCCUUAUAUCAGUCCAAUGUUGGCUGAAAGUUUAGGAAAUUUGCCACCCAUUUUAUGUCAAGUUGGUGGUGGAGAAAGGUUUCGGGAUUCCGUAGUUCUAUUUGGUUUUAAAGCUUCUGAUCCAAGCAAAUAUCAAUUGCCCAAAUACUCUACGGAGAAUUUUGAUAAAUCUCCAUUCAAGAAGCCAACAAAAGUCACACUUGAGGUCUAUGACGAUGCUUGCCACUGCUUUUUCGUUAUUCCUUUUGAAAAAAUUAGCCAGUUCGCGCUGAAUAGAGCAUAUGAUUUCAUUAAGCUUCAUGCAUCCGUUGAUGAAAGUAUUAACGGGACAGAAAAUACCGCUACUUAUGAAAAUGGGAAAAAUCUUAAUGCGAUAGCAAUCAACCCUAAUUGUGAAAUUAGGGAGUUGGAUGAGAAAUAUAUGGAUUGCUUAAAAUUUGAGAAUAUUGGAGUUGUGCCGGAUGUGAAUGAAACUGAUUAUGUAGAUAACGUUUAG